UCAGAACACCUCAAGAAACUCAAGCGGAGACCCACAGGGAAGAAAUCUCACUGCUCUGAUAGUGGGAAGAAUUGCAAAUCUUCAACAGAACUUAAAAUACGCCAAAGAAGCCACACAGGAGAAAAGCCAUACCACUGCUCUCAGUGUGGAAUGAGUUUCUCUAAAUCACAUUCAUUGAAAUCACACCUGAGAAUUCACACAGGAAAGAAAUCUUAUAGCUGUGAUCUAUGUGGGAAGAGAUUUACUAAGCCAAGCAACAUGAAAUCACACCAGCAGACACACACUGGAGAGAAGCCUUACCACUGCUCAGAUUGUGGGAAAAGCUUUUCAACAUCACAGUAUUUAAAGCUGCACCAGAGAACCCACACAGGAGAGAAGCCUUACCACUGCUCAGACUGUGGGAAAAGCUUUACCACCUCAAGUGGACUGAAUAUACACCAGAGAACACACACAGGAGCGAAGCCUUAUAGCUGUGAUCAAUGUGGGAAGAGAUUCACUCAGUUAUCAAACAUAACUGGCCACAAGAAAAUACACACUGGAGAGAAGCCUCACCACUGCUCUGACUGCGGUAAGAGUUUUACUCAGCCAAGUCAUCUGAUUAUACACCAGAGAACACACACAGGAGAGAAGCCUCACCACUGCUCUGACUGCGGUAAGAGUUUUACUCAGCCAAGUCAUCUGAUUGGACACCAGAGAACACACACAGGAGAGAAGCCUUAUAGCUGUGAUCAAUGUGGGAAGAGAUUCACUCAGUUAUCAACCAUAACUGCCCACAAGAAAAUACACACUGGAGAGAAGCCUCACCACUGCUCUGACUGUGGGAAAAGCUUUACCACCUCAAGUGGACUGAAUAUACACCAGAGAACACACACGGGAGAGAAGCCUUAUAGCUGUGAUCAAUGUGGGAAGAGAUUCACUCGGCUAUCAAACAUAACUGCCCACAAGAAAAUACACACAGGAGAGAAGCCUCACCACUGCUCUGACUGUGGGAAAAGCUUUACCACCAGAAGUGACCUGAUAUCACACCAGAGAACCCACACUGGGGAGAAGCCGUAUGGUUGUGAUCGGUGUGAGAAGAGAUUUGCUUUCUCAAGUAGCCUGACUUAUCAUAAGCGAACCCACACUGGAGAGAAACCGUACCACUGCUCAGACUGUGGUAAAAGCUUUACCACCUCAAGUGGACUGAAUAUACACCAGAGAACACACACAGGAGAGAAGCCUUACCACUGCUCUGACUGUGGGAUGAGUUUUGCUACCUCACACAAUCUGGCAGUACACCAAAGAACACACACUGGAUAGAAACCUUACAGCUGUGAUCAAUGGGACAAGAGAUACUCUCAUUCAAGUUCUCUGAUUAAACCUAAAAAAAAUACAUGCAGGAGAUCCACUGAGUGUGGAAUGAUCUCCAUCAUCAGACCUGGGUAGUAGAACACAGAGUGUGGAAUGAUCUCCAUCACCAGACCUGGGUAGUAGAACACAGAGUGUGGAAUGAUCUCCAUCACCAGACCUGAGUUUUCCCUCCAAAGAGGGAGAGACUAGAAGAUGUUGACAUGUUUGCAACACUGAUAUUUUGAAUCUAACAGUGUCAAUUCCAUCUCUUGGUUUAAGCCACUGUACCAGUUGUGUUUGAACUUGUUGACUGGCUAAAGAGACGUUCCAGAAUGCCUGCCAACUGGCGCUAUGGCAACAUGUUUCUAAAUGAGGCGUGGCCCAGCCUGGUCUGCAGCAGUCAGGUUUACGCUGUUGGCUUUUCAGAGGUAAGCUGUACCCAGAGCAAUGGCGGACGCUAUAUGUUGGUAGGAUGCCCAGAAUUAUUAUCGAUAAUGAAGGAGCAAAAUGGCGAUUUGAACGUUUAGUCCGGUUUUAUUGUACAAUCUUUUCCCUAAAAGUAAAUUGAAUGUCUUCCUUAUUUCAUCAAAAGUAGAUCCAUAAACUCAACACUUCCAUCACUUUGCAUGGGGGUCGUUGGCAAAGUCGUUUUUUUACCAGGAGACUGUAGCGCCCCACAAAAUGAACAUGAAAAUGCUGUAGGAAGUAGCAAGUAAAUUUUUUUCCACUUUCCCAAAAAAGUCUGAUAAAAACGUAUAGCAGAACACAAUAGAAAAUCUUUGGAGGGAGCUGAAGGUCCGUAUUGCCCAGCGACA